AUGCGGUGCAACGAGAACACGAUCAUAGUCGACAAAGACGUCGUACUCGUGCCCUAUCGACCCGAGCACGUCGCCAAGUAUCAUGAAUGGAUGACGAGUGCGGAGCUGCGCGAGUUGACUGCGAGCGAGCCACUGACCCUCGAAGAAGAGUAUGAGAUGCAGCAGAAGUGGCAGACUGACGAAGACACUGACUCGGCCUGGCCCACGAACAAUGAUCCCGAUUUGCCCCUCCAUGCUUCGCCUAUACGCAAACAUCCAGAGCUAACGUUCAUCAUUCUCGCCCGCCCCCGUGAUGCCGACGAUCCGAGUGCACCGAGUACACUGACGCACGCCGACGGCGACGAUAAUUUAGAUAUUCACUCGCUGCCUAUGGUCGGCGAUGUCAACCUUUUCCUCAAGGGCACGCCGGAGGACGAAGACUUCGAAGCCGAGGCAGAGGUUAUGAUCGCGGAGCCUGCAUUUCGCCGACGCGGCCUCGCCCUGGCUGCACUGGAGCUCAUGCUGUCGUAUGCCACCUCCCCAUCCGCACCGGCUCCGCUGCCUGUUCCGCGCGAGAGGCUCGUCGCACGCAUCGCGGAGACAAAUGAGCCCAGCGUGCGUCUGUUCGAGCGUCUCGGAUUUGCCGUGACCCGUCGCGUGGAGGUGUUCCAGGAGCUCGAGAUGCGCUGGGGGGCUAAGGAAGGGGCGCAUGUAGAGAGGUGGCGAGAGGGGGUGACGAGGACGCUCCAACUUCGGAACUUUACGAGUGUACGGGAGAUGUUGACCCCAUAG